AUGCCAUGGCCCUACAGGGAAGGGGGGUCGCUCAGAAGCCACGGCAGAGGAGUUCGCGGCUGGCUUCAAGAAGACGGCUUUCGCACGGAGCUGGCGAUGAACAACCAGUUGACCACUCGUUUCAGGACCUAUUUCCUGUUGGAUGCGGCAGAUGUCUCUGCCCUGGCAGGUGUCUUUGGUCUCUUACAUUUGGUCCCAUACCUUUGCGUCCACUUUAUGUUGACGUACUCUGCCCCGGUCAUCUCGGCUGAGAAGGAUUACCAUGAGCACCAGUGGGGAAUGCUGCUGAACCGACUGCCUCAUUGCCCCCUAAGUGGCGUGAACGUGGAUAUCACUGAGUCUCAGGCCAAGCUGGUCCUAUACCCGUGCAUCCACUUCAUGUUGAUGUCUUAUGCCUCGGUCUUCACGGCUGCGAAUGCUUACCUUGAGCACCAGUGGGGAAUGCUGCUGAACCGACUGCCUGAUUGCCCCCUAAGUGGCUUGAACGUGGAUAUCACUGAGUCUCAGGCCAAGCUGGUCCUAUACCCGCGCAUCCACUUCAUGUUGAUGUCUUAUGCCUCGGUCUUCACGGCUGCGAAGGCUUACCUUGAGCACCAGUGGGGAAUACUGCUGAACCGACUGCUUCAUCGCCCCCUAAGUGGCUUGAACGUGGAUAUCACUGAGUCUCAGGCCAAGCUGGUCCUAUACCCGCGCAUCCACUUCAUGUUGAUGUCUUAUGCCUCGGUCUUCACGGCUGCGAACGCUUACCUUGAGCACCAGUGGGGAAUACUGCUGAGCCGAUUGCCGGAUUGCCCCCUGAGUAGCUCGAACUUGCUGGAACGUAAGAGUGCUCGACAUAUGUAUGUGUAUAUACGAAGCAAGUUGGCAAGUCAGACCUGCCAACCCCUUGGCCGUGCGAGCCCUCCUCAAAGAUGUGGCAUUACACCCUUUGGCUCUGAUUUUUCGAUGUGUACACGGUGUCACUGCACAUUCGGGAAUGCUUGA